AAUCACUUUCACCUUCUUUGUCGUGGAAUGAGGCCAAGAAGAGGCCACAUAAAAGAACUUAUCCUGGCUCUCUCUGCUACAAUACUAAUACAAGCAGAGGCAUUUAGAAAAUAGAAAAACACUAAAAGAAGAAGAAGACGACCAAGUUAAUAAACAAGUGUCCAUCUUCUUCCAUGUCUUCUUCUUGUGCAACUGUAACAAAUGUUUAUGAGAAUGGCAAGUACACAACAGUUGUAGCUAAAAUAGAAUCAGGGUCAUGUGCAAGGUCAUCACUUCCACUUCCACUUCCACCAAAACCACUCUUGAUUGCCAUGCCGUCUGAAGCUGGAGAAUUCCCAGUUCUUAUUUUCCUCCAUGGUUAUCUUCUCUACAAUUCUUUCUACUCUCUACUCAUCCAACAUGUUGCUUCUCAUGGAUUCAUUGUUAUCGCUCCUCAGUUAUACACUGUGGCCGGAGCAGAUUCAGCUGAUGAGAUAAAAUGCACAGCUGCAAUAACAAAUUGGUUAUCCAAAGGCCUGCAUCACGUUCUCCCUCCCCAUGUCCAACCAAAAUUGAGCAAGCUAGGUCUUGCAGGCCAUAGUCGAGGAGGAAAGGCUGCCUUUGCACUAGCUCUACAGAAGGCAGGCAUCAGUACUGCACUCAAAUUUUCAGCACUAAUUGGUGUGGACCCAGUUGAUGGUAUGGACAAAGGGAAACAGACACCUCCACCUGUGCUCACAUACACGCCUCAUUCGUUUGAUCUUGAUAUGGCAGCAAUGGUCAUUGGUUCUGGGUUAGGUGAAGUGAAAAGAAACCCUAUGUUUCCCCCGUGCGCGCCCAAGGGUGUUAAUCACGAGGACUUCUUCAAGGAAUGUAAAAAACCAGCUUAUUAUUUUGUAGUGAAAGAUUAUGGGCAUCUUGAUAUGUUAGACGAUGAUACUAAUGGGAUUAGAGGCAAAGCUACUUAUUGUUUGUGUGUGAAUGGAAAGUCUAGGGAGCCAAUGAGGAGGUUUGUUGGAGGCGUUCUGGUUGCAUUUUUGAAAGCAUAUUUGGGAGGUGAUAGCAGUGAUUUAAUGACUAUUACAGACGGUCAGACUGGGCCGGUGGAGCUUCAAGCUGCUGAAUGUUAUGUCUGAAAGUUAUAUUUGAAGAAAGAUGGAGUGCGGUUGCAUUCAGCUAGGAAUGAAUUUAGUUUUCCUAUAACUAUGAUCAAGCCAAUGAUGGCUAAGAUAGCAUCAAUUAGCAGAUUCGAGUUGCUUUUUCAGGAUAGGAUUGUCUGCAAUUUAUAGUUUAUGUUGCAAAAAUGAUCAAGUCUAAAUGUUGGAUUAGUUUGUGCCUUGUAGUAAUCAUACGCACAAAUUGCAAUAAGGGCAAUACCUGUAGUCCUAUUCAUAUGCUAAGAAUGAUACAGUACAUAACUAUAUAUGUAACUACAUAUUUGGUUUUAA